CACAUACGGCUACCGUAGAAUGUAAACCGGCCCUAUAAAUUCGGACCGGCCGGCCGGCCUGGUAGUAACGACGAACCAACAAGACAACUACUGUAGAACACAAGAAAGAAACCUGUAGCACCGAGCUAGGCGAAGGUCGAUCGAGAUAGAUGCAGGGCGGGGAGAGCGCGGCGGGCGCGGCCAAGGAGGCGGGGGCGAACCUGGGCGCGUCGGCGUGGGCGGGCAAGGAGAAGACCAUGGCCGCGGUGCAGGAGCAGGUGGAGAAGGCCAAGGCGCACGACGACCCGGCGGCCCAGGCGGAGGCGGAGGCCAGGAAGGAGGAGCGGGUCAUCGAGGUGGAGGCCGCCAAGCAGGACGCCUACCGCCACAACGCCGCCGUCGCCAAGGACGGCCGCGCCGCCGCCGUCGUCAAGGAUGAGAAGGAGGCGGCCGCCGACGACGAGGAGGAGGCCGUAGUCUCCGCCUGACGACUCCUCCGGAAAACCUCCUUCUCCAGUGUUUUCAUUUGUUCGACCGACUGUAUGUAUUGUAUUGUAUUGUUUGGCGUGCUGCGUGCAUUUGGAAUUGUUGUUGUGAGAAGAGUUGUUGUUAUUGGAGAUGAAGAUGCAUUUUUUUACGUUA